AUGUGCUUCAAAGAUCUCCUAUAUUUGCAAGGCUUGCUGAGGGGGGAAGGCCCACAAGUUAAUUAUAACAUCAAUGGACAUGAUUAUUCAAUGGGUUAUUAGCUAGCAGAUGGCAUAUAUCCGUCGUAGGCAACUUUUGUUAAGACCAUUCCAGAGCCACGAGGUAAUGAGAAAAAAUAUUUUGCAAAGGCACAGGAAGCGUGUCAAAAGAAUGUUGAAAGGGCAUUUGAGGUUCGACAAUCUCGCUUUGCUAUUGUUCGUGGAACAGCUCAUUUAUGGGAUGAAGACACCCUCCAUGAUAUUAUGAUAGCUUGCAUCAUAAUGCAUAACAUGAUUGUUGAGGACGAGCCGAUAUGGGACAUUAUGUUUGCAACUAUGACGACAUGGGUUUCACAUAAUGCUGCACCUAAACUUGAUGCUUUCAUUCAAAAUUACAAAAACAUCAAGAAUAAGGAAACACACUAUCAACUCAAGGCAGACCUGAUCGAGCACUUGUGGCAAAAUCAUUCAGAGUUAUACAAUAUUGAUUAA